AUGUCGGACGCGGCGUCUUCCGUGUCGCGCAUGCGCGCCAUCCUGCGCCAUAUCGCAGCCGGUGGCGCCCCGUCUCCGUCCCUUCCAUCUCUGCAGCUUUCAGCUCUCGCGCCAAGUCCCGCUACGCGCUGGAACGGCUGGGGAUUCCAGGACACGCAGCUGUUUGUGAACGCGGACAAAGUGAUUGAACUCUCGGGCACGCGCUACGCUCAAGUGUUCGCUAAUGCGCCCGACCGGACGCUUCCGUCUCUUCUGCCGUGGGCGGAGAAGCAUCUGGGACUGGACGCGGAUCGUGGCAGUCCGUCCCGAGUGGCGUGUGCCGAGGAGCUCCAGUUGUGCAAGCAAUUGGAAGAGGAUGGAGAGACGCAGACAAAGCUGUUGCAGCUGUUGCACUUGGCAAGUGAAGAGCUUGAUAUGAGGAUCAGUAUGUCAGUGGAAGAGCGCGUGCGACACGGACAUGGCCAGACGUGCGAAGACGUGUUUCGUCUUCGAUAUGUCAAGACCGUGGAGCGCGUGCCUGAUGCAGUGGUGUGGCCGACAUCACAUGAACAAGUCGAGGCUCUCGUCCGGGAGGUGACUGAGAAUUUCGCAGAUCAUGUGUGUCUGAUUCCGUUUGGAGGAGGGACGAACGUGACGAACGCAUUGGAAUGCGACGCGAACGAGCGCCGUGCGAUUGUGUCGCUGGAUAUGAGCGACAUGCGGCGUAUUUUAAGUGUAGACGGUGAAAACAUGCUGGCAGUUGUCGAGGCAGGGAUUACGGGAUUGGAUUUACAUGAGCGGCUGCGUCAUCGCGGACUCACGUUUGGACAUGAGCCGGACUCGUGGGAGUUCUCGACCCUCGGAGGAUGGAUUGCAACACGCGCUUCGGGUAUGAAGAAGAACAUGUAUGGCAAUAUUGAAGACUUGGUGGUGAAUAUUACAACGGUGACGCCACAGGGUACGAUGCAGCGUGCUGCUAACGUACCUCGUGCUGCAAUGGGUCCGGAUAUGAACCACGCUAUGAUGGGAUCGGAAGGCAUAUUUGGUGUCCACACUCAGGUGACUCUGCGUCUCCGUGUGUACCCGACUGUACAAGUGUACGACUCUCUCAUUUUUCCUAGUCUUGAGCAUGGUAUUGCAGCGCUCAUGGAAAUCACUCGUGCGGGAUGUGAGCCGGCAUCGCUGCGUCUACUCGACAACACGCAGUUCCAGCUGGGACAGGCGCUUAAGACGUCGUCUACAACGAACAAGUUCACUGCUGGUGUCCUCGACUAUGCAAAAAAGACGUACGUGACCAAGUUCCGUGGAUUUGACGUGAAUAAAAUGUGUGCUGCAACUGUUUUGCUCGAAGGAUAUGAUCAGCAAAAAGUGGGUGCACAGCAGAAGCGCAUUCAGACCAUCGCUAAGCGUCACGAAGGCAUGAUUGGUGGCGAAGAGAAUGGCAAGCGUGGCUACUUCUUCACGUACAUCAUUGCGUACCUCCGUGACUUUGCUUUGGACUAUUACUUUAUGAGCGAAUCGUUCGAGACUGCAGUUGCCUGGACGAACGCACGUCAACUUACUACCGACAUCAAGGUGGCCAUCAAUGCGGUAGCUGCUAGUCGUAACGUCCAAGUUCCGCCGCUUAUUGCUUGUCGUAUCUCGCAAGUCUAUGAUACCGGGAUCUGCGUGUAUGUGUACUAUGGAAUCAACUAUUAUGGCGUGAAGGAGCCAAUGACUCUUUUUUGUGAGACGGAGCUAGCUGCUGUCGAGGCUAUUUUGCGUAACGGAGGUGCUCUGUCGCACCACCACGGCGUUGGCAAGCACCGUCUUGCAUGGCUGCCGCAAGCUGUGUCGCUUCCAGCCAUUUCAGCCAUUCAGGGGAUCAAGAAAGCGUUGGAUCCUACAAAUGUAUUUGCAGUCACGAAUCUGCAGCCGUCCAAGCAGAACGAUGGUGGCAUGCACAACGGCCAGAUACCUUGA